AUGUCCUCUCUACAACAGCUCUCACUCUACGCAACAGUCCAGUCCUCCAAAAUCCCCCAGCUUCUCUUCACAGUCUCCGCCCUGACCGGCAUGCGCCCGCUCGACCUGCGGCAGCAGCACAUCAUCUUCUCGCCCACAAUAUCAGGACACGGGCCCGGCUCGUCUGCUGGUGUGGCCGGCGGUCCCGCGGGCGCUGUCAGUCCGCUCGAGUCUUCGCGGAUAGAUGUCUCGAGAGAGAUGCCGGAGGCGGCAGCAGCGGCGGAGGACGGGGUCGGCAAGAGCGAGGCGCCGGAGUGGACGUUGACGAUACCUACGAUCCCAGAGUCUGGCAAGAAACCGGUGCAGGUGCAAGCAGUCUCGAAGACCACGUUCCGCAAGUCUGAAGAGGCACAGGCCGACAACACAUCCACACUCUUUCGAUUUCUGCGGGCACUCAACUACGCUUAUGCAUACGACUACCUGGAAAAAGGCUACCUCUUCGUCCACAACGGCAUCGUCAUCAUCAAGCUCUCGCAGAUCGCACCCCAGAAACCGUUACAAUUACACGAGAUCCCCGUCGGCGGCGACGGCGACUUGGCCGCGGGCACGGUCGCCAACGGGAGGCGGUUCGAGAAUGCAAAGUUUGUGAAUACGUGGGUCAUGCACGCCUACGUCGAGGUCGUCACGGGGCCAGAGACGGUCGGGGAUGAUCUGGAAAAGGUCAAGAUCGCGAUCGAGAGGUUGGAGAGCUUGAAGGCUGAGUUGAGCGGGAUCGUAGAGUUGGAGAUUCCGGAUCGGGCGUUAUUGGAUCCGCGGGUACAGCUACGGCGGUGA